AAGCCACAGCCAUAGUUUUCUGGAUUUUUGUUUACAUCUUGAAUGCCAAAAACACAGAGAGGGGGAGAGAGAAGCUUGUUGCUAGCUAACUGCAGAUAUAGAAAAUUAGGAAUGAGAAAGCCUUGCUGUGACAAAGAAGACACCAACAAAGGAGCUUGGUCUAAACAAGAAGACCAAAAGCUCAUCGAUUACAUCCAAACCCAUGGCGAAGGUUGCUGGCGUUCCCUUCCCAAAGCUGCAGGGCUGCAUCGUUGUGGAAAGAGUUGCAGGUUGAGAUGGAUAAAUUAUCUGAAGCCAGAUAUCAAACGGGGAAACUUUGCCCAAGACGAAGAAGACCUCAUCAUCAAGCUCCAUGCCCUCCUCGGCAACCGGUGGUCCCUGAUAGCUGGAAGGUUGCCUGGGAGAACAGAUAAUGAGGUAAAGAACUACUGGAAUUCUCACAUCCGCAGGAAGCUGAUAAAGAUGGGGAUAGAUCCUGAUAACCAUAAGCUUUUUCAUCUUCAUCACCAAUGCUUUCCUCUUCUUCAUCGUCCUCGUACUGAUGUUGAUAAAGAUGAUGAUGCCCUACCUGUUUCUUCUGCUGCUGCAACAUCCGCCGACUCCUUCAAGGAAAAACCUAAUUCUUCCAACAACUUGAAUCUUGACCUCACUAUUGCUUUUCCUUCUGGCACACCGAACCCAAACUCUGCUGAGUCAUCCCACAACAAUAAUACUGCUAAGGACAUGGAUCAGAGCCAAUCAGCUCCAACCCUUCCUCUAUUUAACUAGUUAUAUAUAUAUAUAUAUAUAUAUAUAACUCUUGGAAUUAUUAAUGUCAUGUUUAGUUUGUAAAUUGUAAUUGAAAGUUCAAAUAUAUAGAUAGACCUUUAUUGUUAUUUUGUGUGUCUGUGUCUGUGAAAGUUGAGUGCAAAAAUUCAGAUCCUGUAUUUUGUAAAUUUAGAUGCUUGUUUGUUAGUUUUGUCAAGUGAAUUAGGUGGGGAAGUCAACAAAGAUUGAUCCAAUCAAUGAUAAUGAUAUAUUGAUGUCUUAAAAAGUGUCGGUUGAUGGGUUUCGUUGUUAAAGGGAAUGCCUUAUUCAUGGUACUCUGUAGAUAUCAUUAUAAAUGCUCUUAAAAUUUUGA